UUCAAAAGUACGAAAUCCAGUGUGACAACAAUGCCUUCGUUCAAUAUUGUGGUAUUUGGCGGCGAUGGAGUAGGCCCCGAGGUUAUCGCCGAAGCAACAAAGAUCCUCAAGGUCGUCCAAGACAACACCGAUAUUCAAUUCAACUUCCAAGACCACCUGUUCGGAGGUUGCUCCAUCGAUGCACACAAUAAUCCCCUCACAGAUGAAGCUCUCGCCGCGGCGAAAUCCGCAAAUGCAGUCAUUCUUGGUGCCGUAGGAGGUCCGAAAUGGGGCACCGGAAAAGUCCGCCCUGAACAGGGCAUUCUGAGACUGCGCAAAGAACUCGGCACCUUUGGAAACCUAAGACCGUGUUUCUUCGCCUCCGACUCCCUGGUUGACGCAUCCCCGCUCAAGGCCGACCGCGUCCGAGGCGUCAACUUCAACAUCAUCCGCGAACUCACCGGCGGAAUCUACUUUGGCGACCGAAGAGAAGACGAGGGCGAUGGAAAAGCCAUGGACACGGAGCCAUACUCAGUCGAGGAGAUCGAGCGUGUAGUGCGGUUAGCAGGAAACCUCGCGCGCGUCGAGAGCCCGCCCGCGCCCGUGUGGAGUUUGGACAAGGCCAAUGUCCUGGCGACAUCGCGACUCUGGCGCAAGACGUUUGAGCGCAUCAUGAAGGAGGAGUUUCCCGAGCUCGAACACGGCACCCACCUCAUCGACUCGGCUGCUAUGCUCAUGAUUCAAAAUCCCCGCAAGCUCAACGGUGUAGUGGUCACGAGCAAUCUGUUUGGAGACAUCAUCAGCGACGAGGCCAGCGUUAUCCCGGGUAGCUUGGGUCUGCUGCCGAGUGCGAGUCUGGGAGCCAUUCCCGAUGGCAAGACGCCUAUCAACGGCAUCUACGAACCCAUCCAUGGAUCCGCCCCCGAUAUCGCCGGCCAGGGCAUCGUCAACCCCGUCGCAACCAUCCUCUCCAUGAGCAUGAUGCUCAAGUACUCGUUAUGCCGCCCAGACAUUGCGGCAAAAAUCGACGAAGCCACCAAGAUCGUCAUCGAUAACAACAUCCGGACGAAGGAUAUCGGCGGCUCGUCCAAGACCUCCGAGGUCGGCGAUGCUGUGGCUAAGGAGUUGGAGACUCUUCUGAAGAAGUAA